AUGGAACUAUUUGCGCAGCUGUUUGAACACCGGCCUGAACUUCGAGUCGUAGUUUGUAAACCAUGUGCCACUGCUAUUCCACCAGCGCAGAUCGUUACGCACCUCAAAGAGCGCCAUCCCAAGGUCACAGUCGCUACGCGCAAGAGCCUGGCGGCAGCUGUACGCGCGCUACCAAACCUUGCGUGGAGUCCAGGAGACGUGCGUGUACCAAGGCCGGCUAAGGAGCCCGUCUUUGGUCUGAAAAGCCGAGAAGACGGGCUGGUAUGCUUGUCGGAGCGUUGUUGGUAUACCUGCAUCUCGCUGCAGGGCAUGCAGAAACAUUGCAAGGAUGAGCAUGGCUGGGUGAACGAACAAAAGCGAGGGGGAGAUAUAAGGCAAAAGAGCAAGCACUCGCGCAACCAAGUAUGGCGAGACAGCCAAUCCUGCCAGCGCUUGUUCAGAGCUGUUGGCUGGCCGGCGUAUGUUGCAGUCGAGACGAGCGUUGGAGCUGCGACUCUAGCAGACAUCUCCCAGAGAGUGAAGGCAGAUCGCCAGCAUCAGCGAGAAGAGCGUGAGGCAGCAGCAGCGCAGGAUAAGAUUAAAGAGGGCAUCCGUUCGCAGGCUGAUCCGUGGCUAGAGCUCACAGAAUGGGUCCCGCACCUACAAGGUAUCCCAAGGGCGGCACUUCUGCGCGCUAAACAGCUAGCUGGUGGGGAGGUAGACGCGCGUGGGAAGGAAGAAGUAGCGUUUGACAACACGGGCUUACGCGAUGUUUGCAAAGCUAUGGAGCAGCUGAUACAAAAAGCGUUCAAUAGCAGCCGAGCUGAGGUUGUCGGCAGACUCGCACUGGAGAUUAUCGAGCGACGUGAGGCGGGCGCAGAAUCGAACGAGCGGCCCUUCUACGCUAGGCAUCGAGUCGGUACGAUCAAGAAGUACAGCCAGAAGCUGGUGAGCAUCCUCUGCUACCUGUGGCGCACAUAUGACCAGGUCGAGCGGCCGCCAUACAAACUUACCAGCACGCAAGACGCCCUCUUGGUGUCACUCCAGCAAAUAGCCUGCUCAGACAACGCUGCGAAGAAAGAGAAACUGGAAGAGCGAUGCCUGCGCUUUUGGAUCGCCUUGCUCAACCACAGCCUGACUGGCGACGAGCACGAGAGCGCACUGCUGAGCGGAGUGGCUGUCCUCGGCCUCAAGCCUGAUCACCAUGGCGGUGGGUGGGUUCCGGCGCACGAGUUCUCGCCAACGCUGUCUGCUUUGAUCACUACCUCGAAAGCGCUCGUAGUGCAUCAUGCCCGCUGCCAGCGAGAUAAAGCGCUUCAGAAAGACCCUUGUACAGCACCUACUGCGUAUAAGCUAGUUAAAGACAUGUCUGAACGGUUUAUGACGCUGUCCGACUUCAAAGGCACACCCAGUCCUAUGAAUCAAAUGCUCCGCUUGCGUACGCUAGCUAGAACACAGGCAAAGCGACGUAAUACUCCCGGUAUCGUGUCGUGGGAUGGAGAUCGGCUUCUCAUUGACAAGCAGAGCUUUUCGCUAGCCGAUCUCCGGUCGAUGGUGAAGGGACUCUGCGAGACGGUGCGGUUGCAGCUAUUUAAGGACGUCCUACUCUUGGAUCUAGACGAAAGGGGUUGCGUGCGACCCGGGACCACCCCGCUUCCAGAGGUGUCCGUGGACAAACUCGUCGAUCAGCCAGCCGAGCUGGCUACGGGCUGGAGCUUUCUGAAGCACCCCGACAACCAGCUAGAUAGAUGGCAAGACUGGCUUCUAGACCGGGUGUUGGACGAGGCUCCGCUAAGGGAGAGAUUCAUUCCUAGGUACAUGAAAGGAGUGCGUCGGUUUAAAGAAGGCCUCUUCACGCUUGUUCACAUGUCUGGCGGCGGGCCUGGUCGCGGGACAGAGAUUACCUCGAUACAGUGCGAGAACAGUGCAGACGGGGUGGGGUAUCGGGGGGUGUUUGUAGAGGGUGGCCUGGUAUCCUUCACCACCACGUACCACAAGGGGUAUAGCUUCAGCAAGCGUGUCAAGACGAUCCACCGCUAUGUUCCCUGGGAGGUGGGUGAGCUGGUGGUGUACUUCCUUGGGCUCGGUCGACCGUUCAUAGAUGAUCUCCAGAUGCUGCACAAUAGCGUUGCCCGCCCUACCGCUUUCAUCUGGGAGCCAGAGCCGGAGGAGCAGUGGGGCGACGAGAGCGAUAGCGAAGAGAGCGACAACAGAGACGAGUACGGCGAAGCCAACCGUGAGAAGGCACGAUCCGCUAACCCAGACGGGUACUGGGGCACCGAUCGCAUACGCCGUGUCCUGCGCAAGCAGACCUUUUAG